AUGAACGACAGCGAUAGUAGCGACUCGGGCUCGAGCUCUAGCUUUGCGUCGUCGAGCUCGAGCUCGUCGGCGCUGGCACCGCAACGAAAGCAGCAGCGCGGCCGCACCUCGGUCCUCUCCCCCACCUCGUGGUUCAGCAUCACGCCGCCUGCGCAUUCCGCGACUGCGUACGACUUUAUCCCGCUGCACACCCAGCAGCGCAGGUCACGGCGCAGCCCGUCCCCUCCGUCUAGCGAGUCGUCCUCGUGGUCUUCGUCGUCGAGCGCAUCGCCCCCGCCAUCACCAUCACGGAGAAGACGACGACAGGCGACAUCAUCAUGGCUACUGCCGUCGCCACCUUCCUUCUCGUGGCUGCCUGCUUCGACUGGACGCCGGACACCGCAGCUGGCGCUCGCGCUCCUCAUCCCCAUCCUCGGAUUACUCCUCGCGUUCGAGCUGCGCUCGCAGCACAACCUGCGGCGGGCGUGGGCAGCAGAACACACGGCGCGCGUGGCGUCCCACAUGCCCGACGCGCGCGGCCGCCUCGACCUCGCAACGUUCCGCGAGGGCAAGUUCCGUGAGAAGCGGGACGGCGCGCGCGCAGCGCUCGAGUACGACGAACUCCAUCCCGACGAGGAGCGCCAGCUCGCCGACGCCGCAGCCGAUACCUGGCCCAGCUGGUGGGGCAGCGUCGACGACGCGGGCCGCUCGCCCUUUGACCAUGUCCCGUCCCCGCAAGAACCUCGACGCAUCCUCUUCCUCACCUCCUACGACGACUACCUCGAGCGCAUGAACACGCACACAUACGAGAUUGUCGAUGCUGCCAUUCGCCACCCAAAUGUCAUUGUCGACGUCUGGGGCCCUGGCUGGUCCGGGUACGACUGGAAUGUCACCCUCAGCGUCAAUGUCAAGCGGCGCGCCAACCGCCUUGCUGAUAUCGAGCUGCACAAGGAGGUGCACGGCAAGAAUGCCGAAGCGGCAAGGAAGGAGUACCUCCGCGACCAGUGGGCGAACAACCGGAAGGAGUGGGCACGUCGCUUCCUGGAUGUCACACGCGCGCCAGAGGCCUCCGACUACCAGGUGCCGUUCCAGGCGCCCAAGUGGGACCACUUUGACGACGAGUGUAACCCGUUUGUCCGGUACGACAUUGUGUGGACGUUUAGCGACAUCUACAAGGCCGACGACAUGCCGCAUGUCGACGCGCUGGACUGCGAUGCCUUGUUAGUCCAGCAGCUGGGCGACUGCCACGAGCACCGGUGUAUGAAGGAGUGGUACCCCCAAGCCAACAACAUCACGCUUACCAAGUAUGCGUUUGAGCUUGAGGAGAUCUUCAACUACGAGAACGUGCGCAAACACUACCCCGACUUCACAAUGGGACUGUUUGGCCACUCGCCCGACACUGGCAACGAGUGGGACUUUUACCCCGCGCCGUGGGCCGCCAAGCGGAACAAGGCCAUGAUCUUUGGGUACGACGGCAGCUUCUACCCUAUUCGGACGACGAUCACCGACAACUUGAACCGGCUGAGAGACGACCCGCACCUGUCGGACAGCGACGCGCUGGUCGGGCGCCACGAGCACCCGGGGUACACGGUCGAGAUUCCCGAGUCGGCACGGACGACCCCGCUCGAGACGUAUGAGGUUGGCCACGAGACGUACAAGACGCAUCGGGCGCUCCGUGCCGACUUUGGACGCGGUAUGCGCGAGGCGCAAAUCUGCGUGUUUGACUCGAGCCUGGAACGCAAGUUGAUCCGCAAGUACGCUCAGGCCAUGCUCAGCGGCUGUGUACUCGCGACCGAUCUACCGACCGAGCACGAAGAGGCCCUGUCCAAGUUUACGAUCCCGCUCGAGCCGUCGUGGGACAUUGAGCAGAUUGAGGGCCAGGUGCAGCGCUACCUCGACGACCCGGCUCGCUUGCACCAGAUGGCGCUGGACGCGUUCGCGUACGCCCGUCAGCAUUUAACGACCACUAGCAAGAUUUCCAGUGUCCUCGCAAUGGCCGACUCGUACCGGGCCGGAGCGCGGGGCUAUGAUCAUGCCUUUGGGUUUUCGUCGCGGUGCAGAGCCUACUGGAGCGGGAACGACGCGCAGAGACCGCCAUGGUGCAAGGUCGAGCACGGGUAUCGGGGGCUUGAGGAUCACAUCAUUAGCAGCAGUGAGAGGGAGUGAGAGGGAUGAUUGAUUUGUAGCAUCAUCAUGAGCAUGCUGCCUGCCGCGUUAUGUCGCGGCGGCGCCAUUGUAGACCAUUCAUAGAGCC